AUGGUUACCCAAAGCAAUUCCACCUUUCACGUAGCCAUGUACCCAUGGUUUGCCUUUGGCCAUCUUGGCCCAUUCCUUCAUCUCUCAAACAAACUAGCUGAAAGAGGCCACAAAAUCUCCUUCUUCUUACCCACCACUUCACUUCUCAAGCUAGAAUCCUUCAAUCUCCACCCUAACCUCAUUCACUUCUUCCCUCUUAAAGUCCCACAUGUCGAAGGUUUGCCGUCCGGCACCGAGACCACCGCCGACAUCCCCCUCGAUCUACAACCACUCAUCAUGACUGCCAUGGACCUCACUGAACCAGACCUCCAAGCUUCCCUAUAUGAACUCAAACCCGACAUGAUUUUCUUUGAUUUCACUUAUUGGGUCCCUUCUAUGGCUUCUCAACUCGGUAUCAAAUCGGUCCUUUACUGUGUCACAAGUGCAGCCACCAUUGCUUACCUCUUGGCUCCUGAAAGUAAUAUUCAGUUAGAUGAAGGUGAUGAGUUAUCAGAAGAUGAAGAAGAUCUCAUGAAUCCACCACAAGAUUUCCCACCUUCUUCAACAAUAAAACUUCAUCUCCAUGAAGCUCGUGCAUUGACAUUCAUCACGUACCGAGAAUACGGUUAUGGAGUUUCCUUCUCAGAACGUAUCACAUUAGGGUUAAGGGGAUGUGAUGCCAUCAGCUUUAGAACAUCUAGAGAGACAGAAGGUAUCUAUUGUGACUAUAUAGAGAAAAAGUAUGGCAAACCGGUUAUGUUAUCCGGUCCAAUUUUGACCGAACCACCUUCUGUCGGGUUGGAUGAGAAAUGGGUCAAGUGGUUGGACCGGUUCAAGCCAAGAUCUGUGAUUUUCUGCUCUUUUGGGAGUGAGUGUAUUAUGAAGAAGGAUCAGUACCAGGAGCUGUUGUUGGGUUUUGAACUCACAGGGAUGCCGUUUUUGGUGGUGUUGAAGCCGCCGAUUGGGGCUGAGACGACGCAGGAUGGGUUGCCGGAGGGGUUUGAGGAGAGGGUGAUUGGGAGAGGAGUGGUGGAGGAUGGAUGGGUGCAGCAACAGUUGAUAUUGGGUCACCCUUCUGUUGGGUGUUUUGUGACUCAUUGUGGGUUGGGUUCUAUGAAUGAAUCGCUGGUGAAUGAUGUACAGUUGGUGUUGGUGCCUCACUCGGGAGAUCAGUUUGUACAUGCGAGGGUUAUGAGUGGGGAUUUGAAGAUUGGAGUGGAGGUGGUGAGGAGAGAGGAGGAUGGGUGGUACACUAAGGAGAGUGUGUGUGAGGUUGUGAAGUUGGUGAUGGAUGAAAAUAACAAAGUUGCGAAGGAGGUUCGAGAGAAUAGGUUAAAGAUAAAGGAGGUGUUUAAGGGGGAACGGUUUGAAUCGGAUUACAUAGACAGGUUUGUGGAGAAGUUGCAGGCUUUGAUCCAAUCAUGA